AGCAUCAGUAAAACACUUGUGUGCAAAAGGAGAGAAUAGCUUAUAAACUGUGUUGAGAGCAGAUGUGUGGUUGACAGAAUGCACUUUAUCACACUGAAGAACAUGUUUCACACAAUCUAAAGCAGCACUUCUUCAUAAUGCACAGACAUAUAGUGCAGAUCUAGAAGAAUUUCAACACUCAGAUCAUAGGAAGUUAAAACCACACGAGGAGCUGAGAGUAUUUAAAGAAAGAGUUGAGAGCAAAUGAUGAAGAGAAAGAGAAAAUGUCUGAGUGUCAUCUGUGUCUGCUGGGACUGAUCGCUCUCUCUUCACUUCUCACAGGUAUCAGUGGAGAGGAUGAUGUUCAUGUGUUCAUCAGAUCUGGUGAAGAUGUCCGUCUGCCCUGUAAUAAUGCUCUUCAUGAUGCUCUUCCUGGCUGCAAAUCAACUACAUGGGUUUAUAACGGAUUCAGUCAUUCAGGAACAGUUGAACUGAUUGGUUUAGGGAUAAUAAACAAUGACAUCAAGAGACAUGAGAGACUGAGUCUGGGGUCUGACUGCUCUCUGAACAUCAGGAACAUCUCAACAGAAGAUUUUGGAUCUUACACCUGCCAACAAUGGAUUGAUGUGACUGGAAAAGACCAAAAACAAGGAAAUGACACUCGUGUUGAUCUGCAUGUUCUUCAUGUCUCAUCCUCACAGACUCAGAUCAGUUCAGGUCUCUCUGUGUCUCUCUCCUGUCGGCUGUAUUCAUAUCCUCGAGUCUCUUGUGAUGAUUCGAUCAGUUCUGAGGGAAUUCAUCUGUUCUGGGUGAAUCCGGCUGGUGUUAAACUGAAUAUAUCAGACUCCAGAUAUCAGAGAUCAUCCUCAUCAGAUCCCUGUAUCAUCUCUCUGACUACAACACUCCUGAAUGAAGAUCACAACAGAGAGUGGAGAUGUGAAGUUACUCAGAAAGAUAAAGUCAAGACCUCAGUCACAUUCACUGUCAAGAGAUCAGCUCCAGAUACAACAACGACAGCAGUCCCAAACUCUCAGGAUCUCUCAACUACAAACACACAGAAAACUACAGCUCCAGAUAAACCAGAGACAGCAGUCCCAGACUCUCAGAAAACUACAGCUCCAGAUAAACCAACAACAGCAGGCCCAAACUCUCAGGAUCUCUCGACUACAAACACACAGAAAACUACAGCUCCAGGUGAAACAACGACAGCAGGCCCAGACUCUACAGCGAUCCUGAUUUCUGCUGUCGCUGCGGCCGCUGUUUUCCUGACUGCUGUUCUCUGGCUGAUCUGCAGAAAAAGAGCUGGUAAUAAAAGAGGGACUGGUGAAACAGCGGUCAAAGAUGAGAAUGAAGAUAAAGUGACGUAUGAGACGAUCAACAUGUCGACUCCUGCUGCUGCGAGAGACAAUGAGCAGACAGAUGAUGUGACGUACUCUGAAGUCUCUUCUUCCAGUAAAAAGCCAGUCAAAUCAGUCAAAGAUCAAGAUGAUUCAGUGACUUACGCUGCCAUCAGAGGAACACAAAAUGAGCCGCUGGGUGAACUUUACGCCUCUGUGAACAAGAACAAAUAAAGAUUCAUGAUACAGAUCAGUGCAUGAGCUCCUCACAUCAGCAGCAGAUUGAUGAGAGUCAUCAUAUAUGUGGAAGAGUUAUA